GGUGACGCAGCGCGGUUUGUCCGCUGUGGGGCGCCGUAGCGCGCGCCGUUGCCAGAGAACGGGCUCGAGGCAGACGAGGCCCUGCCCGCCUCGGCCCGGCCCGGCGCUCAGCCAGCCCGCCAGAGCCCGAGCCCGAGGACUCGCCGGCCCAGCCUCCGCCGUGCGGCCCGGGAUGGGGCCCCGUUUUGGGGCGCGCCGCCGCCCGGCCCCGGGGGCCGCCGCGGCCGUGAGAGCCUGAAGGCGGCCGCCCUGGGGAGGGGGACGGCCGGGCGCGGGGCUGAAGCGCCGGGUGACCUUGGCGGGGCCGGUCGGGCUUGGCCGCCGCGACGCGCAGGCCAGCAGACCUCUCAGCCCACCGGAGAUGCAAAGGGAGAUUGUGGCCUUGACCUCCACCUCGCAUCCCACUCCUCCCAGAUGGAGUCCAGGACUGCUGGGCUGCUGCCAUCCCUGGGAGAACCCAGAGGGGGUAUUUUAAGAUGUUUUUGCAUCAGCAAACAUUUAUUGAGCACCUACUAUAUACAAGAUGAACAUCUGCAACAAGCCCUCCAACAAGACUGCCCCUGAGAAGACUGUGGAGACAGCCUCAGAGCAGGCCAGUGGAACCUCCCCGGCGCUGCUGGGCCAGCGCUCCCGCCGGAACGGAUGGAGCUGGCCCCCUCACCCACUACAGAUUGUGGCCUGGCUGCUGUACCUCUUCUUUGCAGUGAUCGGUUUUGGGGUCCUCAUUCCCCUCCUGCCUUACCACUGGUCGUCUGCUGGCUAUGCUUGCAUAGGCACCAUCUUUGCUGGUCACCUUGUGGUGCAUCUGAGUGCUAUCACCAUAGAUCCAGCAGAUACCAGCGUUCGGGAAAAAAACUACUCAGAGCCCUUGCCCAUCUUCAGCCGCGGCCAACACGCACACGUCAUUGAGGACCUGCACUGCAACUUGUGCAAUGUGAAUGUGAGCCCUCGCUCCAAGCACUGCAGUGCUUGUAAUAAAUGUGUGUGCGCCUUUGACCAUCACUGCAAGUGGUUGAAUAACUGCGUGGGCAAGAGGAACUACUGGCUCUUUCUACACAGUGUGGCGUCUGCCUUACUGGGUGUCCUGCUCCUUGUGCUGGUGGCCACUUAUGUCUUUGUGGAGUUCUUUGUCAACCCUAUGAAACUGCGUACCCAUCACUACUUUGAAGCCCUGAAGAAUAACACAGAUGUGUGGCUCGUGUUUCUGCCUUUUGCCCCCGUGAAGACCCAGGCUGCUAUUAUCCUGACCCUGGCUAUCUUACUCAUCCUUCUGGGUCUGCUCUCCACAGCCUUGCUUGGUCACUUGCUCUGCUUCCACUUUUAUCUCAUGUGGCACAAGCUCAGCACCUACGAGUACAUCACGCAGCACCGCCCACCGCAGGAGGCACAGGGGGCUCACAGGGGACUCGAGUCAUGUCCCCUCAAGAAGCGGCCCAUUCAGGAGAUGGAGUUCUACAUGAGGACCUCUGGCCACGUGCGCCCAGAGCCUCCUGGCAAAGCCAGGACUGCUGCUGUGAAUGCCAAUCCCUCUCAGUUCCUUGCCACCAGUGGCCAAGUGGAGCCUCCACCAUCCUCCUCCCUAGAGAAUCUCGCUCUGCCCCCCAGGAUCGAACCCCAGUUGGGGGAAGGGGCACUCAGGCCCCUACUGUCUCUGCAGAAAAAGAGGAAGACAUGCUUAUACAAGGUGCCUGUCUCUAGGACUUUUGACCAGCAGCCCAGGCUGCCAGGGCCCCGGGGCCUCCCCAGGGGCCUCCAGUCAAAUUCCUCAUCAGAUUCGGAAGCCAGCUCUGUACUCUCUGCUGAACCUGGAGGCGCCUGCUAUUCGACAUCAGCAGAGUCCAUGGAUGAGAUUCCAGUGGCACAGACUCGCCUGGGCAGCGCUGCUCUGACAGCAUCUGGGAACAAGGACCUUGGGGCAUGUACCACACCCGCAGUUUUUGUGAGCAAAACCAGUGGAUCGCUUGGGGUGCAGGGCUGCCCAAAGGCUGAUGUGCCUUAGCAGAGAGGCAGGAGGGCCACAGAGGAGUGGCAGGCCCGACUCUCUAUGCAACACCCUCACCCUUGCCACAAUGAGUGCACUUUAGGGGCCCCUAAGUCCGGUGGGAUUGGCCCUCCUCCCCCAUGACUCAGCAAUACCUGCCCCACAGACUGCAAGGCUCCAAUAAACUUUUUUUUU